CUUGGCACACACCCCCACAUACACAGUCUGUAGUUCAUGACAACAUGGCGCUAGCCUACAACAGUCCCUCUGAUCCCGGGUGAGGUGUUUCCACAGCAACGAGUCCACGCGCACCAACUUUAGAGCAGAGACGCCGAGGUUAGCGCUUGAUGGCAUACUAAAAACUCUUCAAAUGAUUACUUCUGUAUUUUAUUAAACAUUUAUGCAAAAUAAAUCUAUUGACUAAAACGGUGGCAGGAAGAAACGCUGAAGGAGGUUCAUAUAUAACACUUUGAAAGCAUUAUCUCACUAUGGCUGAGCCAGAGACACCUCACACAGAGCUCUCCUCUUCUAGCGAAUCAAAGCACUCCAGCACAGGGAAGAGACCUUCUCUACCGGCCUCAGACAAGUCCGUACUGGAGGGUUCAGACUCACAGCCCGCAGUGGGGGAUCUUAACAAGGAGACUAUUUUAGCAGAGGAAGAGGAUGCACACACCAAAGGCCUGAGGGAGCUAUUAAAAAGGCGAGUGGCCUUGACAGGAGUAUCAGUGGCUUCCUGGACAGACGAAAAUAAUGGAGCCUUGGACAAGUUCAUCGCAGAUGCUACAAUCAAGCUUCUCAUUAUCUUCCUCGACCCUUUCUCUGGCCUAUGUGUGCAGUACACCAUGCCAAGCCAGGUGGUGGAGCAGCUGGCCUACUUCAUACGCAAGCAGGACACUAUGAUUAUGGAGGAGACUUUUGAGAGCUGCGUGCAGUUCGGCACAGUGCGGGGAGGGGGUAUAGAGAGCCUGCUGAGGCUAAUGAACGGGAUUCAUGCACCACUGGUCACUCACAGUACGGACUGGCCAGAGACCAUCAUGAACAAUUAUUUACCUCACAUGCACCGCUUCAUUACCUACCUCACAGAUGCAAGGUUUAGGCUUGGGAGGAAAACACUGCUUUAUAUCCCUCUGGAAGCCCUACAGCACAGCCCAGAGGUGGCUGCCAGAGACAAAGAGCUGGUGAAGAGGCUGGAGGUGGUGGUGAUCCAUUGGACACGGCAGAUAAAGGAGGUGCUGAACGUACAGGCGGCAGUAGAUGCAGGAGACAGCUCUGGUCUUCUGGAUGAAAUCACUUUCUGGAUGAACCGCUGUGAUGAUCUAUCUGGCAUCAGCGAGCAGCUCCAGAAACCAGGAGUCUGUCAUAUUCAAGCCAUACUGCAGCUCUCUAUGUCCUUUUAUGUGAAGCCAUUCUGCAAUCUAGCCAAAGAAAUUCAGGAUGGCUUUCUACAGGCCCAGUCUAACUUGACUUUCCUCUGCCUACUGAGGGAGCCAUGCGAGGAACUUUCCCAGCUCAAACCUCGCCAGAUAGCACACAAACUUGGUCAUGUCCUCAAUCUUAUCCGUUUCAUCUGGGUGAACUCUCCCCACUACAACAUCCCUGCGAGGAUCACUGUGCUCUUAAUGAAGAUGAAUAAUGAGAUCAUCCGGUGGUGCAGCAAAGAAAUCUCACUCAAAAGGAUCUUUCAGGGCUAUGUAACUUCCAGCAAAGAGACCCUCAACGACUGUAUUUACUGCUGUCUCUCCUGGCAGAAGCGCUACCAACUUACCGCUCAGCUCCAUGACAUGCAUUCUCAAGAAGGCUGGGAGCUCAGUCAGAGCAGGAUAUUUUCUUCGUUGGACGGCUUCGUGCAGAGAUGUACACAGCUGCUUGAGGUGUGUGACUGUCAGCGGCAGUUUGCUCGUCGUGACGAGGGUGUACAGUUGCCACUACCAUGCAUUGCAGGACAUCAGGGGCCGGAGAUCACCAGGAAGCUGCUGAAGAUUGAAGCCAUGUUUGACAAGACUCUGCAGAACCUGUACUAUGAGUGUGAGGGCAUUUUUGAGCUGAAAAAUACCACCUGGCAUAAUUCCUGCAACAGAUUUCGGUCAGCAGUGAAGGAACUGGAGCUGAUGAUGCAGAACUUGAUCAACACCGCUUUUAUGACGGUCAGAACAGUGGACAAUGGAAUUCAACUUCUCGACCUCUUCCAUCAGUUUUCUGCACGAGAGGCCAUCAGGGGGACUUUAGACAGACAGUCGAAAGUGUACAGCCUGUUCACUAAGGAUCUGGAUCUAAUGAAAACAAAGCUGGGCCAAAAGGAAGUCUGCACUCCUGCACAUAUGCCUCAGUAUGCUGGCCAGGCUCACUGGGUCCGAGCCAUGCACCGCCGUAUAGACAGACAAAUGGAGGUCCUGCAGCAUGCCUGUUUCAUGCCACAGAAUGAUACUGGGCAGGACGUGCAUGAGGCUUAUAGGCAGCCGGCACACACAAUGGAUGAACGGAUCAGGAAGCUGUUUAGUGACUGGAGCCAGAGUCUGGAUCACCAUAUGCUCAAGGGACUUGACCAGCCUCUUAUGAUCCGCUGUAAGGGAAAAACAGUCAUGCUGGACAUCAACUUCAACAAGAGCAUACUGAAGAUGUUUAAUGAGAUUCAUUACUGGGAGAGGCUGAAGUUUGAGGUCCCACACUUUGUAGCUGAGAUCCGUCAGCGCAGAGAGGACCUGCGUACCUUGAGGGAGAAUGUCCUACUGCUGGUUAAAGACUACAAUAGGAUCAUUGCAGCCCUUUCUCCUGACACACUGGGAUUAUUUCAGGAGCGUAUCCAUUUCUUAGAUAAGAAGAUACAACCAGGUCUGUCCAAAUUGCUGUGGUCCUCUAAGGGAGCAACCAGCCUCUUCAUCAAUGACUGCAGACUGCAUGCCAGCAAGGUACAGUUACUAGUAGAUGAGUAUAAGGCUGCACACUUGGCCAUCUCUCAGCGCUGUAGUGAGAUAAGUGAGGUGUUGCUGGUGCAUGUGGAUGGCAAGACGGUAUACAAAGAUCUGGAGUUUGAGCAGGUCCAACAGGGACAUCAGCAGAGUCAACUGCGCCGACUCAAAACUGCACACCAAGAUAUCAUCGACAUCAUGAGCAGAAUCUACGAGAUCUUUCACAACGACGGGCCAAAGGUGCAGCAACACUGGGUGACAUACACUGAGAAGAUGGAUUGUAUGGUAGAGGACGCUUUGCGUCUGAAUGUUAAGUGCUCCUUACAGGCUCUUUCUAAAGCAAUCAAUGGAGACAGCAAGACUUCCCCUAACCCCCUAUUCAGAGUACAGGUGGUUUUGAGACAAGACACAUCUGGGUCUACUGCUCAGGUGGACUUUUCCCCAACUCUGCACAAGCUGGCUCAGAUAGUAAACAGCAUCAGCUCUCAGCUCUUCAACGCCGUCUCAGGCUUCAAGCGGCUGCCUGAACUCUUCACACGUGUUCGCUCCCAGAGAAAACCUGUCCACAGCAUAACCGAGCAGGACGAAGAGAUCUGUAAGAUUCAGUCCGCAAUAGCUGCAGGUAUGACGGCUAAUGCCACUCACCUGCAGGCCUACCUGAAGACCUGGGACAAGCAUCGCGAGAUCUGGGAGAUUAAGAAAGACCCCUUCAUUCGUCGAUACGAGCGCCUUAACCCUCCUGUGUCAACUUUCGAUGCCGACAUAGCUCGGUACACAGAGGUGGCGAAUAAUGUGCAGAAGGAGGAAACAGUGCUGAAUGUGCAGUUUGUGUUGCUGGACUGCUCCCCACUGAAGUUCUCUCUGGUGCAGCACUGUAAUGAGUGGCAGAACAAAUUUACCCAGCUACUCAGCCUCAUGGCUAGCACCAGACUCAAAGAGCUGCACUGCUACCUGCACGACAGUGCACAAAGGCUCUCUCAGACUCCUCAGACUCUGGAUGAGCUGGUUGAGAGCCUGAAGCUGCUGGAGACUCUGCAAGGGGAUGUGAGUAAGACAGAGAGCCAGAUUGCUCCCAUCCAAGAACAGUUUGCCAUCCUGGAGAAAUAUGAGGUCACAGUGGAACGUGAAAUUCAGGAGAUGUUGGAGGCUCUGAAUGGCAAGUGGGAGUGGUUCCAGCAGGUGUUGAUUGACAGCAGUGUCACGUUAAAAAAACACAAGGAAAAGUUCAAGAGCGGUCUCAUCUUUUCUGCCGAAGAGUUCAACAAGAAAGCACAGUCUGUCAUGCAGGACUUUAAUAUCACAGGUCCAUUCGGCAGUAAUGUAAGCUCAGGAGAGGCCCUUGAGUAUAUCUCAUUGCUAAAAGCCCAGCUGGAGUCUCUGAAGGAAGAAGAAAACACAAUAUGCCAUGGCCUUGGUGUCUUCAUGAUUGAUCAACCAGUUUCCACAGACAUACUGAGGCUGGAGAAGGAUCUAGAUGACCUGCAGCAGGUGUGGGAGAUCACUCAGCAAUGGGAAACUCAUUGGAAUGAAUGGAAAUCUGGGCAGUUUGCCACUCUACAGACAGAAAGCAUGGAAAUCACAGCGCAAACAAUUUUUAAGAAACUCCACAAGCUUAGCAGAGACCUUAAGGAUAAACAAUGGGACAUAGUAGAUUUCUCCAAGAACAGGAUCGAGCAAUUCAAAAGAACCAUUCCGCUGAUAUUAGACCUGAAAAAUCCAGCCAUGAGAAAGAGGCACUGGAGUCAGAUUAAACAUGAAGUACAGCGCUCCUUUGACCAAAGCAGUGCAGAGUUCACGCUGGAAGAGAUUGUGGUGCUGGGUCUGGAUCAUUAUGCUGAGCGCAUCUGCGAGAUCUCUGGAGCUGCCAGCAAAGAGCUUUCCAUAGAACAGUCACUGAAGGGAAUCGCUAAGACCUGGGAGGAGAUCUCCCUUGACAUCGCUCCCUACAAAGACAAAGGUCACCAUAGACUAAGAGGUACAGAGGAAGUAUUCCAGGCUCUGGAGGAUAACCAGGUGACUUUGUCCACAAUGAAAGCCUCACGCUUUGUCAGGGCUUUUGAGAAAGAGGUGGACCACUGGGAGCGCUGUCUGUCUCUCAUACUGGAGGUCAUAGAGAUGAUACUUACCGUCCAGAGACAGUGGAUGUACCUGGAGAACAUCUUUUUGGGAGAGGACAUUCGUAAGCAGCUGCCACAUGAGUCCGCUGAGUUCGAUGAUAUCAACUCCAGCUGGAAGACCAUCAUGGACCGACUAAACCAAGACAAGAAUGCUCUGAGAGGCACACAGCACCCAGGUUUGCCUGAGAAGCUAUCUGAAAUAAACACUAAGCUUGAGGAAAUCCAAAAGUCUUUAGACAUGUAUCUGGAGACCAAGAGACAGAUCUUUCCACGAUUCUACUUCUUGUCCAACGAUGACCUGCUGGAGAUACUGGGCCAGUCACGCAACCCAGACGCAGUGCAGCCCCACCUCAAAAAAUGCUUCGACAAUAUCAAGAGCCUGCGCAUCAACAAGAUCGGACCCGGCAGUAUGAAGUCUGAAGCUGCUGGGAUGUUCUCUGCUGAUGGAGAGUUUGUGGAGUUCACUCAUCCUGUUCUUCUAGAAGGGCCAGUAGAAGUGUGGUUGUGUGAUAUUGAGCGCGCCAUGCGCUGGACUCUGAAGGAUAGUUUGAAGAAUUGCUGCCUGGCUCUCAAAAAGAUGAUUGGAAAAAGAGACAAGUGGGUUAAAGAUUGGCCUGGACAAAUGCUGAUAACAGCCAGCCAGAUCCAGUGGACCACAGAUGUCACCAAAUCUCUUAUUGCAGGCAAAGAGAGGGCUGACAAAUCAGCACUAAAAUCCAUGAAGAAGAAACAGGUGUCCAUGCUGCACCGCUACUCCGAGUCCAUAAGAGGAAACCUCUCAAAAGUCAUGCGUCUCAAGAUUGUGGCCUUGGUUACAGUAGAAGUUCAUGCCCGUGAUGUCAUUGAUAAAUUGGCUAAAACGGGCUGCUGCGAUAUGAACGCUUUCGACUGGCUUUGUCAGCUCCGUCUCUACUGGGAUAAGGAUGUGGAUGACUGUAUUAUCAGACAGACCAAUACACACUUCCAGUACUGUUAUGAGUACCUGGGCAAUUCAGGCCGAUUAGUCAUCACCCCUCUCACUGACAGGUGUUAUAUGACACUGACCACAGCCUUACAUCUGCACCGUGGUGGCUCUCCCAAAGGUCCUGCAGGCACAGGCAAGACCGAGACAGUGAAAGACCUGGGCAAAGCUCUGGGCAUGUAUGUCAUUGUGAUCAACUGUUCUGACGGUCUGGACUUCAAAUCCAUGGGGCGCAUGUAUUCUGGUCUUGCUCAGAUAGGGGCAUGGGGUUGUUUUGAUGAGUUUAACCGCAUUAACAUCGAGGUGCUGUCAGUAGUGGCUCAGCAGAUCCUGUCCAUCCUCUCAGCGCUGUCUGCAGGAGCCACGAACUUCAUCUUCGAGGGCAGGGAGAUCCGCUUGGUCUCGUCUUGUGGCAUUUUCAUCACUAUGAAUCCUGGUUAUGCUGGUCGUACUGAAUUGCCUGAUAAUCUGAAGUCCAUGUUUAGGCCAGUCUCUAUGGUGGUGCCUGACUCAACCCUGAUUGCAGAGAUCACUCUGUUUGCAGAAGGCUUCAACAACUGCAAGGUGUUAGCUAAGAAAGUGUUCACACUCUACAGUCUGGCGGUGCAGCAGCUGUCUAAGCAGGAUCACUAUGAUUUUGGCCUGCGUGCGCUCACCUCUCUGCUCCGCUACGCUGGAAAGAAGCGCAGAGCCUGUCCCGAUGUUGCAGAUGAAGAGAUCCUGCUCAUGUCUAUGAAGGACAUGAACAUUGCUAAACUAACCUCGGUUGACGUCCCACUGUUUAACGGGAUUAUCCAAGACCUGUUUCCGGCUGUGGAGACACCCACCAUCGACUAUGGCAAGCUGAGAGAAACUAUAGAAGCAGAGCUUCGGCAACACGGUCUGCAGGUCACUCCCUUCACCCUGAACAAAGUCAUUCAGCUGUACGAAACCAUGAACUCACGCCACUCCUCCAUGAUCGUAGGCAAGACAGGCAGUGGCAAAACCGUCACCUGGAGGAUCUUACAGAAUACCCUGAACACCAUGCAUCGCAGAGGCGAACCUGGCUUCAACCUCGUCCGUGUGUAUCCUCUGAACCCCAAAGCAGUGAGUCUUGGAGAGCUCUAUGGUGAAUAUGACCUCUCCACCAAUGAGUGGACCGACGGCGUUCUGUCCUCUCUUAUGAGAGCUGCAUGUGCAGAUGAGAAGCCGGAUGAGAAAUGGAUUGUGUUUGACGGUCCAGUGGAUACUUUAUGGAUUGAAAGCAUGAACUCGGUGAUGGACGACAAUAAAGUCCUCACGCUUAUUAAUGGAGAGAGAAUUUCCAUGCCUGAACAGGUGUCCCUGUUGUUUGAGGUGGAGGAUCUGGCGAUGGCAUCUCCAGCAACAGUGUCCCGCUGCGGAAUGGUGUAUAAUGAUUACUCAGACCUUGGAUGGCAGCCCUAUGUUCAGUCUUGGAUUGACAAGCGGCAGAAGGGAGAGGUAGAUCAUCUGAAGCGCCUGUUUGACAGAUACAUAGAAAAGACCAUAAGCUUCAGGAAGGCUCACUGUAAGGAGCUGGUCCCGAUCACAGAGCUGAAUGGAGUCGUCUCUCUCUGCAGACUCUACGACUCCUUGGCCAGUCCUGAAAACGGGCUGAACCCAGAUGACACCGAGAACUACGGACGCAUGAUAGAGCUCUGGUUCAUCUUCAGCUUGAUCUGGUCUGUUUGUGCAUCCGUGGACGAGGACGGACGUAAGAAGAUGGACAACUUCCUACGAGAGAUGGAGGGCACCUUUCCUAACAAGGACACCAUCUAUGAAUACUAUGUUGACACUAAGAACAAAACCUGGUCAUCAUUUGACGACAAGCUGCCCAAAGGCUGGCGUUAUAACUCCAAUGCUCCAUUCUAUAAGGUCAUGGUUCCUACUGUGGACACAGUGCGGUAUAAUUUCCUAGUGAAUGCUCUCAUUUGUGGCCAGAACCCAGUGUUGCUGACAGGUCCUGUGGGAACAGGGAAGACCUCAGUGGCCCAGAGUGUUCUACAAGGCCUGGAUCCGUCUAAAUGGACCAUGCUUACAAUCAAUAUGUCCUCUCAGACCACCUCAAACAACGUGCAAGCAAUCAUAGAGUCUCGAGUGGAGAAACGCACAAAAGGUGUGUAUGUACCUAUUGGAGGGAAGAAGAUGGUCGCCUUCCUGGAUGACAUAAACAUGCCAGCAGUGGACGACUUUGGUUCUCAGCCCCCUCUGGAGCUACUUCGGCUUUGGAUUGACUAUGGCUUCUGGUACGACCGACAGAAACAGACGCAAAAGUGUGUCAAGGAUAUGUUCCUGCUUUCCUCCAUGGGGCCUCCUGGUGGAGGGAGGACUCGCAUAUCAGGCCGCCUGCAGAGUCGCUUCAAUCUCAUCAACAUGACAUUCCCGGCUGAGUCUCAGAUCAAGCGUAUCUAUGGAACAAUGAUAAACCAGAAGUUGCAGGAGUUUGAGGAAGAGGUUAAGCCCAUAGGAAAUGUUCUGACUCAGGCUACGCUGGAGUUGUACUAUGCUAUAUCUGCCCGCUUCUUACCCACUCCUGCUAAAAUACAUUACCUCUUUAACCUCAGAGACAUAUCCAAGGUCUUCCAAGGUCUUCUACGAUCUCAUAAAGACUUUCAUGACACCAAGCAGAGCAUCACACGCCUUUGGAUACAUGAGUGCUUUAGAGUGUUUUCAGAUCGGCUGGUGGAUCAAGCAGAUAUGGAGGCAUUUGUUGGGCUUUUGACUGAGAAACUGGGCUCCUUGUUUGAUCUCACUUACCACAACCUCUGUCCCAACAAACAACCACCUAUAUUUGGGGAUUUCCUGAAGGAACCGCGUGUGUAUGAAGAUUUGGUGGAUUUUAAAUCUCUGAAAAGAUUUCUAGAGUCUCAACUGGAGGACUACAACCUCACACCUGGAGUUGUCCCAAUGAGUCUGGUGCUCUUUAGAGAUGCUAUUGAACAUGUGACACGGGUGAUGCGUGUGAUUAGUCAGCCGAGAGGAAAUAUGCUUUUGGUGGGGGUUGGAGGAUCUGGUAGGCAGAGCCUUACCAAACUGGCCACUUAUAUCUGUGACUACCUGUUGUUUCAAGUGGAGGUCACCAAGCAGUACCGCAAGCCGGAGUUCAGAGAGGACAUUAAGAAGCUGUACAGGCUGACCGGAGUGGACAACAAGCCCAGUGUUUUCCUGUUUAAUGACACUCAGAUCGUGGACGAGUCGUUUCUAGAGGACAUCAACAACAUCCUCAGUUCUGGAGAAGUGCCCAACCUGUACAAGCCAGAUGAAUUUGAGGAGAUCCUGAGUGCUCUUACCGAGUCUGCAAGGAAGGACAACGUGUCCGAGACGCCAGACUCCAUGUUUAACUACCUGAUAGAGCGUGUGAGAAACAACCUCCACAUAGUGCUGUGCAUGAGUCCUGUAGGAGACCCUUUCAGGAAUCGUAUUCGUCAAUACCCAGCGUUAGUGAACUGCACUACUAUAGACUGGUUCUCUGAGUGGCCACAAGAUGCUUUACUAGAAGUAGCUGAGAGAUAUUUGCAUGGGCUCACCUUGGGGAAUGAGGAAGGGACCCAGACCAAAGUGGCUUGUAUCUUUGUGACUAUGCACCAGUCAGUAGUGCAGUUUUCUCAGAGGAUGAAGCUGGAGCUCAAGAGGCACAACUAUGUCACACCCACCAACUACCUUGAACUUGUGACUGGAUAUAAGAAGUUGUUGGCUGAGAAGCGCGGCGAGCUUGGUGAGCAGGUGUCUAAACUGAGGAACGGUUUGUUUAAGAUUGAUGAGACUCGCAGUAAAGUGGAGGCCAUGUCAGUGGAACUGGAAGACUCCAAGAAGAAAGUGGCCGAGUUCCAGAAGCAGUGCGAGGAGUACCUGGUCAUCAUUGUACAACAGAAGAGAGAAGCAGAUGAACAGCAGAAGGCUGUAAGUGCUCACAGUGAGAAGAUUGCCGCAGAAGAGAUAAAGUGCAAGGCGAUGGCCGAUAAUGCUCAGCGAGAUCUUGACGAAGCCCUGCCUGCUCUAGAGGAGGCCAUGAAGGCCCUGGAGUCCCUGAAUAAGAAGGAUAUGACCGAGAUCAAGUCUUACGGUCGGCCCCCGGCACUGGUAGAGACUGUGAUGCAGGCAGUCAUGAUUUUGAGAGGAUGUGAACCCACCUGGGCUGAAGCUAAGAGACAGCUUGGUGAAGCCAGUUUCAUUAAACAGCUGGUGCACUUUGAUAAAGAUAACAUAUCAGACCGCGUGCUGAAGAAGAUUGGCCAGUACUGCACACAGCCUGACUUCCAACCUGAUAUCAUUGGCAGAGUCUCGCUGGCAGCCAAGUCUCUCUGCAUGUGGGUCAGAGCCAUGGAUGUAUAUGGCCGUAUCUACCGGGUGGUGGAGCCGAAGCGCGCUAGGCUGCAUGGAGCCAUGACUCAGUUGGCAGAGAAACAGACCUCGCUGGCCGAAGCCCAGACCAAACUCCGAGAGGUGGGAGAGAAACUGGACCAGUUACAGACACAGUAUAGUGAGAAGCUGAGUCAAAAGGAAGAUUUGAGGAAAAAGUCAGAAGACAUGGAGCUUAAACUGGACCGAGCUGGCAAACUGGUGUCUGGACUGGCUGGAGAGAGAGUACGCUGGGAAAAGACUGUAGAGGAUCUGGAGAUGGACAUGGGUUAUCUAGUGGGAGACUGUCUACUGGCUGCUGCGUUUCUCUCAUACAUGGGUCCUUUUCUGUCCAACUACAGAGACGAGCUGCUCACCAGGAUCUGGAUAAAACAGUUCAAGGAGUUGGAGGUUCCAUGCUCUCCAGGAUUCAGCUUUGCUGUUUUCCUCUCCAAAGCGACAGCCGUGCGUGACUGGAACAUCCAGGGUCUUCCCUCCGAUGCUUUCUCCACUGAGAAUGGAGUUAUCGUCACCCGCGGCAACCGAUGGCCAUUAAUGGUGGACCCUCAAGGACAAGCGCUGAAGUGGAUUAAGAACAUGGAGUCUAAAAGAAGCUUAAAGGUGAUAGACCUGCAGAUGCCAGAUUUCUUGCGUGUUUUGGAGAACGCAGUGCAGUUUGGCUCCCCAGUUCUUCUGCAGAAUGUACAGGAGGAUCUGGAUCCCUCACUGGCACCCAUACUUAACAAAUCUCUCAGCCAUGUUGGUGGGAGGCUCUUGAUGAAGCUGGGAGAUAAAGAGGUCGAGUAUAACCCAGAGUUCCGUUUCUACAUCACCACUAAAUUGUCCAAUCCACACUAUACCCCCGAGAUUUCCAGCAAAACCACCAUUGUUAACUUCGCUGUGAAGGAACAGGGUCUGGAGGCUCAGCUGUUGGGUAUAGUGGUGCGUAAGGAGCGUCCUGAGCUAGAGGAACAGAAAGACUCUUUGGUAAUCAACAUUGCCUCAGGCAAGAGGAAACUACAGGAGCUAGAGGAUGAGAUUCUUCGCUUGUUGAAUGAAGCAACUGGCUCUCUGCUGGAUGAUGUGCAGCUGGUGAACACUCUGCAGACCUCCAAAGUCACAGCCACAGAGGUGUCAGAACAACUGCAGACCAGCGAGCAGACGGAGAUCAAAAUCGAUACUGCCAGAGAGGCUUAUCGCCCCUGUGCCCAGCGCGCUUCCAUCUUGUUCUUUGUGCUGAACGAUAUGAGCCAUAUAGACCCCAUGUACCAGUUCUCUCUGGAUGCCUACAUCGACCUGUUCAACCUGAGCAUCGAAAAGAGCCUUCGCAGCCACAAACUGGACGAGAGGAUCGCCAAGCUCAAUGACUACCACACCUACGCAGUUUACAGGUACACUUGUCGGGGUCUGUUUGAGUGUCACAAGCUCCUGUUCAGCUUCCACAUGUGUGCAAAGAUCCUGGAGGUGGCCGGCAAGCUCAACAUGGACGAGUACAGUUUCUUCCUCAGAGGAGGGCUGGUCCUGGAUAAGGAAGGCCAGAUGGAUAACCCAUGCUCAAGUUGGCUGGCUGACUCUAAUUGGGACAACAUUACUGAGCUGGACAAGCUAGCUAAUUUCCAUGGGCUUAUGGCCUCGUUUGAGCAGUACCCACGAGACUGGAACCUGUGGUACACCAGCUCAGAGCCAGAAAACGCCCCUCUACCUGGGGAGUGGGAGAACGGGUGCAACGAGUUGCAGAGGAUGCUGAUAGUGCGUUCUCUAAGACAGGACCGCGUCUCAUUCUGCGUGACUUCUUUCAUCAUCAACAACCUGGGCUCCCGCUUUGUAGAGCCGCCAGUCCUGGACAUGCAGGCUGUGGUAGAGGAUUCCACCACUAAGGCACCACUGAUCUUUGUGCUGUCCCCUGGUGUGGAUCCCACUGCUGCCCUGGUGCAGCUGGCAGAAAAGUCGGGCAUGGGCCACCACUUCUAUGCCCUCUCUCUGGGACAGGGACAGGCACCAAUCGCCACACGCAUGAUUAAAGAGGGAGUUAAGAACGGUCACUGGGUGUUCUUGGCAAAUUGCCACCUGUCCCUGUCAUGGAUGCCUCAGCUGGAUAAGCUGGUGGAGCAGCUACAGGUUGAAGAUCCUCACCCAGACUUCAGGCUGUGGCUCAGCUCCUCCCCUCACCCAGACUUCCCCAUCUCUAUACUUCAGGCCGGCAUCAAAAUGACUACUGAGCCACCUAAGGGAGUGAAGUCGAAUAUGAAACGGCUGUACCGGCUGGUGACAGAGUCUCAGUUUUCACGCUGCACGCAGCCCAUCAUCUACCGCAAGUUGCUCUUUGCCCUCUGUUUCUUCCACAGCAUCCUGCUGGAGCGCAAGAAGUUUCUCCAGCUCGGCUGGAAUAUUGUCUACAGCUUCAACGACUCUGACUUUGAGGUGAGUGAGAACUUAAUGAGUCUGUAUUUGGAUGAGUAUGAGGAAAUCCCCUGGGAUGCUCUGAAGUACCUCAUCGCCGGCAUCAACUACGGAGGUCACGUUACGGACGACUGGGACCGUCGUCUCCUCACCACAUACAUCAGUGAUUACUUCUGUGAAGGCACUGUCAACACUCCUUUCUUCAAACUGUCCUCCUUGCCUAGUUAUUAUAUUCCUCGUGAUGGGCCUCAGGCUGUGUAUCAGGAGUAUAUCAACCUGCUCCCGGCAGUGGAACAUCCAGAGACAUUUGGCCAGCACCCAAACGCAGACAUCGCCAGCCAGAUCUCUGAAACACGCACACUCUUUGACACACUCAUCUCACUCCAGCCUCAGGUCACCAGCACGGCAGCCACUGGAGCAGGACCCAGUCGUGAAGACAAGGUAUUAGAACUCUCAGCUGAUGUGCGUCAGAAGAUCCCAGCAGAUGUGGACUAUGAAGGGACAAGGAAACUGUUGCAGGAUGAUCCCUCGCCCAUUAAUGUCGUGCUGCUGCAGGAGAUCCAGAGAUACAACACUCUGCUGCACACCAUCAGGACAUCUCUUACAGAGUUGGAGAAAGGCAUUAAAGGUCUGGUUGUGAUGUCCAGUAGUCUGGAAGAGACAUUUCAGUGUAUUCAUGAUGCCCGUGUUCCUCCCCUCUGGGAGAAGGCAUACCCAUCUCUGAAACCCUUGGCAUCGUGGACAAGAGACCUGUGCCAGCGGGUGGAGCAGUUUGCACGCUGGGCGGAGACAGCACGUCCUCCCGUUCUCUUCUGGCUCUCAGGCUUCACCUUCCCCACAGGCUUUCUCACAGCAGUACUGCAGUCCUCAGCACGGCAGAACAACGUAUCUGUGGACACACUUUCUUGGGAGUUCACUGUUUCUACAGUAGAUGACAACAACCUGCUCUUCCCUCCCAAGGACGGUGUAUUUAUUCGAGGUCUGUAUCUAGAGGGAGCUGGCUGGGAUAAGAAGAACUCGUGUCUGGUGGAGGCAGAGCCCAUGCAGCUGGUCUGCCCCAUGCCGACCACUCAUUUCAGACCUGUGGAGAACCGCAAGAAAACCGCCAAGGGUAUGUACACUUGUCCCUGUUACUACUACCCUGUGCGUUCAGGAGGAGCUGGACGGGCUUCGUUUGUGGUGGCAGUGGACCUCAGAUCAGGAGCUGUGCCUUAUGAUCACUGGAUCAAGAGAGGAACGGCAUUACUGAUGAGUUUGGACACCUAGGCGGGCAACACACACACACACACACACACACACGCACACACAGUUAUCUCAAGUUCAUAGAUCCUAAAACACACUUCUUUCAUGGGUAUUAGUUUGAUACCUUUAUUUAAGCUAAUCUUUAUAUUUGUGUAUGCCCCCCCCCCAUGUUAUUUUCUAGUUCUAGUCUACGUUUAAUAGUCUAUGUAUGAAAUCUGAAGUGUCUUCCUGAAAAUUAAAACUUGAAUUCACUCCGAGAA